CUUACAAAUGCCCAAACAAGAAACUCAAGGCAAUAUAUUUUUGAAAAAAACAAAGUGGGGAAAGCUCAUCAUCAUCCAUUAAUGGCGGACUGCGAGACGGAGGUCGUGCAGGCCCUAAGCACCGUCAUCCAGCUCCACUUCGAGAAGACCCUCGAGAAGAAACGGGCAGUGGAUCUGCAGAAGAAGGAGCUGUGGAAAAUGUUCCAGCUCUUCUUCAUAUUCCUGGCCCUGGUUGUCCUGGGCCAGGCCCAAUCAUCCAGGCUGCAGUGCCGCCACUGUUGGGUGCCCAUUGGGCUUCUCUCGAUGGGCCACCUCAUCUUUUACGUGUCCGUGGCCCAGACCCUGAGGUGCAUCAACGGGUUCAAGUAUCAGAGGAAGUGCCACAAAUUGACCCUGGGGUUGGCCACCGACCGGCUGCGGCGGCUGAAGACCCGAAUCAGCAGCGGCGGCGCUACGGCGACUGCGGCGGAGGAAUCGGAGAUUCUUUACCAGGAACCGCCGGAGAGUUACUUGGGUAAGCUGAAGAGGAAUUGGGCAUUGCAUUUUGGGUUCUUGAUAUUGAUCUAUGCUUUCAUGGUCUCUUCCUCUGUUGUUCUUCUUUGCUUCUAGUUAUUUUCUCUGUUUCUUUUUUUCUUAACCUCUUAACUUCUUGUUGGUUAGUUUUUUCUUCUCUGCAAUUCUAUGGUGCAAUAUCUUUUAUGAUGGUUUCUGAAAAUUAUUUAGGACCAUGCUACACUUACCCCAAAAAUUAUACCCCAUUUGUACACCACAGGUUUGCGCAAACAUUUUGAUGGUUUACACCGACAGAAGUGUUGGUGCGUUAAUAAAAAUUCACACGGACACAAAUGUCGGUGCGUUUAACAAAAAUUAGUUUUUUUG